GUUCUCCUUUCCUUGACAAUUUUUGUGUUUCCACACAGGCCACAUGCACAAGCAGGGCCGUAUAGUAGGUGGUUACACCGCUGCACCAAACUCCAUCAAAUACAUUGUGUCACUGCAGAGCACCAGGGGCCAACACUUCUGUGGUGGAUCAUUGGUUCACAGGUACUGGGUGGUGACUGCAGCGCACUGUAACAUUGGGGCAGAGCACAUGAUGAUCGUGGCGGGCGACUAUAUUGUAAAUACCUUUGAGGGUACUGAGCAGUAUGCUAAACCCCACAGGCUGGUCACCCAUCCCCUCUACAACAGUAGCACCAACAAUGCUGACAUCAUGCUCAUUAAGUUGCGGGCCCCCAUGGUGCUGAACAAAUACGUGUCACUGGCGCCUCUUCCCAGACAGGGGACAGGUGUGGUCGAAGGCCAGGUGUGUCGGGUGUCUGGGUGGGGCUAUAGCAGUCUUGGUGGAGGUCAGGCCCGCUUCACCCUGAGGACGGUCACAUUGCCCAUUGUUUCGACUGCGAGAUGUAACAGCAGCGAGUCCUUCAACGGAAACAUCACAGUAAACAUGAUCUGUGCCGGCUACAGGACUGGAGGGAAAGAUGCAUGCAAGGGUGACUCCGGCGGACCACUGGUGUGCAGGGGCCGCGUCUAUGGCUUGGUCUCCUGGGGAAACGGCUGCGGAGAUGCUAAAUUUCCAGGAGUCUACACAGCUGUGUCCAAAUUUCGCCGGUGGAUAGACCAAACCAUCUAUGGGUCCCAUUUGCGCUGCACCAAAUACUGAAAAAAAAAAAAAUGAAACUAAGACCAUUUCAUGUCUAAAAAUGUUUGAGCUGGCAUAGAACAAAGGUGAUUCUUUGGAAAAUAUGCAGAGCUUCCCCUGAACCACUGAUAAACAGAUAGAUAGUCUUUAUUGUCCCAAAGGCAGAUUUGUUUUCAUAGUCAGUUCUGCUCUUAUUGUUCUGAUAAUCUUUUGAAUAAUGGUGAUCCAUCUCGUAUUCUCAGAGUAUUUAGCUGUGAACAUUGAUCUCUGCCAGCUACAGUAAUUGUGGGAUCCACUACAUGGGACAAACCUAUAGUUCAUUAAAAAAAAGACAAAUUUAGACAAUGUGUGAAAUAUGUUGUCUCAAAAUGAAAUGGUGAAUAUCUAGAAUGAACUUUAGUUUGACUUUUACACACGUACUCAGCUGAAAAAAAAUCUGUGCCGUUAUUUUUUCCGCAUAUAUUUUGAAUUCGUGCAUCACCAAUCUAUUUUUUUCCAGUCAGCUUAUUAUUUUGAGCAGUGGGGUACAUACAUGAACACACACACACACACCAAAAAUUUUUUUGGUCAUUUCACACGAGAGGUUUCUCAGGCCUAUUUGUCUUGUAAAAGCGCUUGAUACGGCACAGUCACUCAGCCUUGCUGUCAUUUUGCCCCAGUGGACACCUGUAGAAUUGCAACGAAAAAAAUCCCUUGUGGCUCAAAAAGCAUUUUCCCCAUAGAUGUCUUUUAUGAUUUUUAAACCAUAUAAGUUUAUAUUUUUUUAAACUAUCUCAGAACCAAGUAAAACAAGGUUUAUUUUUCGCGAUGCCAUCACGACAUGAAGUCUAUGGGCCAGCAGGAACACACAAGUGGGGUCAGCAGGGGAAUCACUGAUGCACAUGAGUAGUGCAACUCCUAUGUUCAUGUGUCCUCCAACUCAACUUCCAAGAUCAUUGUCAUUGUCACCUGUACAUGAAACAACAUGCACCCAAAAACACACCUCCCUGCACUGUUUAAAGUAGGGCUUUUUUCUGGUGUGAACGCAGCAUUGAUUUCUGGAUAAGGAUCAUGGGUUUUUGAGUACUACUGAUAAAUAGUGGCAGGGGGUAUUUUUUCCCUGAACUUCAACUUUGUUGCUUUUUUACUCGUAAAUAUUUAAAUACUUGAAACAUAGUUUUGCUUUAAAAAGGCACGAUAAUCGGAAAAAAAUACAGAACAUAAAUCAGCUGUGUUGAAAAUACAACCACAUACUGUGAAGCAAUGUUUGUGAAAGAGUUGUUAUUGAGAUGUUCUGAUAUGAAAGGUGAGCCUCUGAUAAAAUCAUGGCUUCUCCAAGUCCACAGGGAGUAGGUGUGUCACGACUGCACCUCCUUUAUGAAUAGUUGAAGGCAUACUAAAGUUAGUUCUGCUGCAGGCUCGGGUAUUGCCUUUCAUUUCAUUGUCUGUGUAACGAUAUUUGAUUAAGUCCCUCUGAGAAAGGAUGGUCAUAAUGUCAAGAUUUAAUACCUUUCCACUUCUCCAUGUACAUUACUGUGUAUCUGUUUUGUAAGACUUUCCCAUUGUGCUGCUGUUAGGGGACAGAUUUAUGUUAACAGUACAGACAGCUGUGGGUAAUAAGCCCAGUGAGAAUUUGUUGCAACGUAAAAACAAUCCCAGGAGACUUCAUCUAACAAAGCCUCCUGUUUUCAUACCACCCUCUGAUCUGGUAACUUUGCACCUUGUGUGAUAACAAAGCACUAAAAUGUUCUUAAACUGGAUCCUAUAAGGUUUGAUGAUGUUGUCUAGCAUGAAUCAUCAUUUUAUCCAUGAAAAUUUAAAGAAUAAGGUCACUGUAGGAAAACCAGACUUUAUGUCAUAUCUCUGUGUAUGUGUGUGUGUGUGUGUGUGUGUCUGUAAUCGAUAUAUUUAGGAAUCUGAUUAAAGAUCAACCUUUUUUGUUUCUUUUAAAAAUCUCAGUGUGAUGUUUUGUGUAGUUAUCUGGUCAAUUUACUGAGUAAAACCUGGAACUCCCUCAAGUCUGGAACAUGUUUAGUUAUGAAAAAAAAAAAAAAAAUCUGGUCCAGGUUUUACUCAGCAAAUUCCAGAUAGUUUCAUAUCAGUGUAUCUUAGGUCAGGUCCUUAAUCCCAUUUUCCAUUCCAUGACAUCUUCAACCUCCGUCCAACUCUUCCAUAUUUUUCACUAUAGUUCUCUAGAAAUCGUGGUGGAAACAGGUGAAAGCAGCGCAGGCCCUCAGGACUGAGCUGGAAGUACGCCAUGGGGCCAAAAGUCACAUCCCCAGUCUAUGAAAAUACUGCCAUCCUCUGGUGAGGUCUGGCUCGGUGGAUGCAUGGACUGUAUUUAACCACAAAAUAACGUUCGUAAAAAAAAAAAUUGUAGAAGAAAAAAAAAUGGAAGAUUUCACAUGUCAAACUUGUCGAGUGGUGGCGCGUAAAACGACGU